UUGAAAAGACUACGGACUGCCUUUACAACAGCGCAGAUGAAUUGUUUGGAGAAGAUUUUCAGGUUCAGGCAUUAUCUGGUUGGCGAGCGUCGAAGGGAGCUGGCAAGUAAACUUGGCCUCACAGAGACACAAGUCAAAGUUUGGUUUCAGAACCGGAGAACGAAAGAGAAAAAAAUGGCCGACGAAGCUGCCUAUAAAAAUUUAUAA